AGCAGAGGAGAACCAGAGAAGAGCUGGUGAACCAGGGGAUCAUGCCACGUAAGUACACCAUAUGCUCAGUAACAUGCCACUAAUGCGGACUAUUCAAACCACGUGCUCGCACUGAUACAAUCAUAAAUACUGACUGGAGCGUGCUGCGUGAGCCUUACAGUAAUUACCGUGACUCUUACACAGAAGGGAACUCAUAUUAACUGGGUUAGAUCUGAUCGGCACAAUGUUUUCGGAUGACACAACCUCAAGAAAAAGUGCUUCCAGCUUUUCUCUACAUCACAGGGAACAGUUGCCAGCAGUAAUUACUGAACAGUUCUGUCUUUUGAACGGUGCCCCUCCUGUCCCACAGCCUUGGGCGGUGCAGUUAGAUGAUUUGAAAACAUGCAGACUUCUACAUCCUGUACAAGAAAAUAUUGUGUGUUCUACAUCAAAAUUAAUAAAUAGAACAAUACGUCAGUUUUAUUUGUAUAACAAAUUUCAAUAACGAGGGAAUUCAAUGUGUUUUACAUCUUUCUGCAUGUUUGUAGAGACACAAAAGAGAGAGAACAACAGGACUAAUAACCUAAACCUCAAAACAACAUAAGAAUCCACAAAGUAAAAAAAAAAAAAAAAAAAUCUGAAAGAAUUUAAAAGAGAACAAAUAUAAUGACAUUUCCUGUGCAAAUGACUGGAAAUGAAACAAAGUCUCCAAAAUAACAAGAAGAGACGAGUAGCCGUCUAUUCAUGCUCCAAUAACUAACUCCAUUAACAACAUCCGCGCAGUCGGUUGUGGAAUAAAAAGCUGCAGUUGAGUGUCGUGCGUCCGUUUCAUCAGUUGGAGGGUUUUCAUUCAGCUGGCGCUGUGAGAAUCUGCUGCGUUAUUUGAAAUGAAACCUUGACAAACCACAGCGCCUUCUGAAGUGAUUUGGCUUACGGUGUUACGCUGGCAGCGUCUCCAGCGAGAGAGAGACGGAAGUUUCAGUCUACAGAGUGACGUUGAAUCAAGGUCACGCUUCAACUGCCAUCGCCAGCAACCGGUAAUGAGUUCACUCUGGAUUGGGAGAUUUCUGUCUAAAAUCAGACUCAGUGAUUUGAUGUUGUCACUAAUUGAUGGCACUGAAAAGCUCAGCUGCCUUCCACGAACAGAGACGGAGCUUGGAGCGAGCACGGACAGAAGACUACCUCAAGAGGAAAAUCAAGAGCCGACCAGAGAAAUCUGAGCUGAUCAGGAUGCACAUCUUGGAGGAGUCCCAAACAGAGCCGUUACUUCAGGCCAAGCAGCUUCAGCUGAAGAGAGCUCGCCUUGUUGACAACUUAAAUGAUAAGAUCGCCCAUCGGCCCGGCCCCAUGGAACUGAUCCACAAAAACAUCCUGCCUGUCCACUCCAGCAUUAAACAAGCAAUCACAGAGACACGGUUUUCAAAGCCCUCAGGGGGAAACUCGUCGUGCGAUGAGGACAGCAAUGGCAGCCUGUCCCCUGGACAGCCGGUCAGUCAGGAGUGUCCUCUGGCCCUGGGACCCGACCCCUCUCCAGCAGAGGCUCUGGCUGGGAACAGCCUCCCGUCUCCUGCACAGGAGCCUCCUCCAGCUCGCCCUCUCCCGCUGGCCUCAGGUUCACCCACUUCACUGAGGCCGACCAGUGGAAAAGCAGUAGGCUCAGCCCAGAGGACGACUGUGCACGCUCACAUCAAGCCAAAACCAAACUCUACACAGAAACACAAGAAAGCCAAAGACAACAAGCCAAAGGUGAAAAAGCUGAAGUACCAUCAGUACAUCCCUCCUGACCAGAAGGGGGAUAAAGAGCCUCCGCCCCAUCUGGACUCGUCUUAUGCCAAGAUCCUGCAACAGCAGCAGCUCUUCCUGCAGCUCCAGAUCCUCAGUCAGCAGCAGCAGCAGCAGCAGCACUACAACUACCACACCAUCCUGCCUGCGCCGCCCAAACCUCAGUCGGAUCAGUUGCCCCCUUCUUCCUCCCCCACCUCCUCCUCUAUACUCUCCACCUCUUCCUCCUCCUCCUCCUCCUCCUCCUCUCCUCCUCAACCUGCUACUGCCACCUCCACUAGUGUCUCCAACCAACAGGGCAACAACUGUGGCAGCGCUGCAGCUUUAGCUGGCGCCAAACCAGCGUCCCUGCCUUCAAACCUGGAUGAAAUGAAGGUUGCGGAGCUGAAGUGCGAGCUGAAGCUGCGAGGCCUGCCUCUCUCCGGCACCAAGAACGACCUGAUCGAGAGGCUGAGGACCUACCAGGAGCUGAACGGAGGCAGUGACACUACCUCUCCUCCAACAGCAGGGGGUACCACAGGGCCAGGGGCUGAGGCAGCAGCAGCGUCCCCCAACAAAAACACAUCAGCACAGCAGAAGACUCAGUGCCAUAACACGUCUUUGUACUCUGCUGAUGCCACUCCACCUGCAGCAGCACCAAAGCAGCUCAUGACUUGUGGUGGCACGGUUGUUCCCCCACCGGUCUCUCCCUUCACCCCCUCCAACCGUUCACCGACGAGCCCAGAAGACAGCAGCUUCAGCAGCGAACCCCUGGGAGGACUGAUGAGUUCCCCUCUCACUCAGCUCGGCCUUGAGCCAUCUUCUACUGCUCAACUCCAGGCUCACAUUAAGGACGAGCCCACUUGCUCCGCCCCGGCACCUUGUCAGUUCUCUUUAAAGUCCUCCUCUCAGAAGAAGCACUGCUUGGUUUCCUCGGCUGCUCACGCUGUUGGCACCUCAGCUCCGGCUGUGGCGAUCGACAAAGACAAGAUGCUGCAGGAGAAAGAUAAACAGAUCGAGGAGCUGACCAGGAUGCUGAUGCAGAAGCAGAGGCUGGUGGAGCUGCUGAAGAGGCAGCUGGAGCACGGGAAUCGGGAGGCACGGGUUUCGGAGCCGCUCAUUCUUGUACGUGUCAAAGAGGAACCUCCUGAUAAGCCCAGUGCUGCACACUCAACUAGCCGUCCUCCAAUACAAGCAUCCUCCGAUUCUCGUGAACUGGACGUGGCCAAAGUAGCAGUGAAAGAGGAAGUCCUGGAGGAUACAACUGUACCAUCGGACUCUGAGGCAUUAUUGCAACCUUUGGGCCAAACUGAAUUGCAGGUGCAGCUCAAACCAGAGCAGAAGAAUGAGUAUAUUUGUCUGAAGCAGACUGCUCUGCAGUUCGCUCAGCAGCAGGCCAUACAGAAGCUCCUGCUGCAGCGGCAGCAGCAGCAGCAAAGCAUUCAGAAGCAGCAACAGACUGUCCAAAAACCAAAUCCACUGCCAGUGAACCACCAGAAUCUGCAGAAGCUCUGUCAGCAGAAGAAAAAGAAACUGCAAAAGCUGCAGCUCAAACAGCAACAGGCGCAGGAGAGGGCGCCGCACGAGCAGCAGCAGCACUCAAAGCUCCUGCAGCAGAUGCAGCUGAAGCAACAGAUCUUACUGAAGCAACAAAAAUCACUGUUACAGCAGCACCUGAAGCAGCAACAGCAGAGCAAACAGCUCCAGCAAAUCCAAAUCCAGACCAAGGUGCACGUGAAGCAGCAGCAGAUACAGCUGCAGCAGAACCAGAACCAGGAGCAGCAACAGCAGCAGCAGCAGCAGCAGCCAGCACAGGUGUCUCAAGCUUAUUUCAACCAGCACUCUGCCUUCCCUCUGGAUCUCCUCAAGAGUGACUCGACUCCAACUUUAGUAACAGACAGCAACGGUAACCACUUCCUCAUUGCCCUGACCAGUCACAUCAAUGGAAACCAGAACGUCGAGACUUCUGAGGGGAAAGCAGCAAAUCACAUUACACUGCAGACACAUAACGGAGGACUCCAGGUUCCUGCAGACCAACCGCAGCAGGGAGCAGCUCAGUGUUUGUCAGCACCGCCCACUCUGCCAUCUUUUCUCAAGGACCAGGACGCUGCUCCCUCAGGGAAAAACACCUCGCCGCCUUCCUCUCAAGCUGAUGUGUGUCACAGUUUCGAUGCCCUGUUCAGUCCUUUGUCUCCAGCGUCUAUUCAGACAGCAACCUCCUCAUCUGACGACAAACAGGAUACAGAGCACGAAGAAGAUUUUAUCGAUGCCAUUAUGCAGACAGGAGACACAUCCACCAAACUGACACAAGACUCAUCUCUGCACUGUCUGUACGCCAACUCCCCAGCUCCAACUCCCAUUCCUUCACCGCUCCACCAGUUGCUGUCUCCCCCAUUCCCUCAGCCGGAUCGCUCGGAGCAGCCCGAGCCUCCGGCUCCGGAUUUUCUCAGAGAAGAGAGACAACACCCCAGUCGCGCAGCAAGUGGUCGCUUAGAGGAUUUCCUGGAAAGCACCACUGGAAAGCCUCUCCUCGGGGUGGAGCCCGGGGGCCUGUUGACUGUGAUUGACGACCUCAACAGCCAGAUGCUGUGCACCCCGAGCAUCCUGGACCACCUCCCGUCUCCCAUGGACACCUUCGACAUGGUGGCUGAGGAUGAACAGGGGCUGGACAACAUGGACUGGCUGGACUUCACCAUGGAGAAAGAAAAAGAGCAGGAAAUACCCGCACUGGCCCCGCUGGGCCCCCAAACGCCCCCUAGUGUCUUUUCCACAGACUUCCUGGAUAGCUAUGACCUAUACAUACACUGGGACUCCUGUUUAUAGCAGGAACACAUCGACCAUCAAACACACACACAUACACACGCAGCCAGUGGUCUGCCGAGGUUUCACUGCUUCAUUAUAGCACUGUUCACAUCAAACAGCCUGAGUGAUGUGUUUGCAAGUUUUUCCUCAAAUACGACUGCACUAAAGACACGCUGAGGACACCCCCGAUCACAUUUGGCGAUGGCGUGCCCACAUGCGGCUACAACACUCCAGAAGUGCAUGCAUAAGUGUUUCCUAAGUCACACUCCAGGACUGCCUGCCCAACGGGCAUACCGUGUCCAAGCAACACAAGUAAAAAUAGGAUGAUAAUCUUCUACGUUUUUGCUGAGCACAGUUGAACUGUCCAAACUGAGCACAAGCUGAACCGUGAGACGGCAGGAAGUCAGUGGUUUGUUCAGUAAUUAUCUGAUUUAGCAAAUAUUCUGAGCUUAAAUGAAAGUGAUUGGUUUCUGGCUGAGCAUCGUCCAGUGAACUCAUGUUCAGAGACAUUGUUUUGCUGAACAUCCAUCCAUAUUAUUUAAUAGGACAUAGCAUUCAAUAGAACAGACUAUAAACUUCAGACUUUGAGUAAUAAGAUAUUUUGGUCUGUGCCCCUUCAAGAGCGCACCUUCACCAGCAGAUCUUUGGAUUGCAGGAAACAUCUGGUUUAAAGCUCCAAGAAACGCCAGCCUGAGUCCUCACAAAAAACCCCUAAUUGAACUGAUGUUGCAUUCAAAUGCAGCUUGUCUGACCAAGGACGCUUCACUUUCUUAAAGGCCUGCUGCUGUAUUAGUUUACAUGUUUAUCCUCACAAUGUAUUUGUUUGUUUACCUGCCUGUGAAAGGGUGAGAUGAGAUUUGAAAAAGGGUCGGUUAAGAAGCAUUCAAAUGCUGCGUGUUGCACAGAAGGUCCCGUCUGUAUCGACUCACACAUCAGCUUAUUGAAUCUUCAAGCACUUUGACCUUUAUUUAUUUUACUUACACACUGCCUCAUUGAUUUUUCAGGCACUUAUUAGGCCGGCCUGCUAUGAGUUCUUUAGCAACGCUUGUGUUAACACAUAAAAUGGACUUUUAAGUGGGACUCUGUCUUACUUUUCUUUGUAGUUGGCUCAUCUGACCUUUUUCUAAUUAGAAAGUAAAGUUGUUUUUAGCUGCCUUUUGUGGAAAAGGUAAUCAAUACUCGACAUUUACUCUGAAAGGAUAGACGUACUUGAAGAAGUUAUGUAAAGACAACAAACCGUUCAUCGGAUUGAGUUUAUAUGCUAACACAAGUCUGGAAUGUAACAGGUAGCGAAGAAGGGUUAUAUGUCAAGAGUCUCUGUAUUUUUGUUAUGACAGCUUUGUCAUACAGUUUAAAAAUUAUGAAGGGAAAAAGCACCAUUGGGGUGUCUUGUUUUUUUAUUUUUUAUUUUUUUGCAGCCUUAAUCUUGCAGGAUAAAGACAUCACAAAAAAAGAUUGUCAUCACCUUAAGUGAUGUCUAAAAACCAAUUGCACAAACCCCUGAGGCAUUGCUUAAUUAAAGCUUUUACCCCAAAAAGAAGAAACAUCUAAAACUGAAAAAAAAAAGUGAGAAGCAAUAAAUUGACAGACUUAAAUAUGAAUGCAGAGAGCCUGUUUUAUUCUCAGACCACCCAGCUUUAAUUAUAUUUUAAUGUG